AUGCACCCCGCCUUCCCGCCGCCUGUCCCCAACCUCGCCGCCGCCGCCGCCAACCCCAUGGCUGCAGCGGCGGCGGCCAACCCUUUCCUGGCGCUGCAGUUCCUGGGCCAGGCCCAGCGGCUCCAGAAUCUCGGUUUCCUCGCCGCCGCCGCGCUCCAGCAGCAGCAGCAGGCGCAGUUCUUUCCCGGAGGGUUCCCGGCGAACCCCAAUCAGUUUGCGACCUUCGCGGGCGGCCCGCCGCCUGCGGGUUUCAAUGGCGGCGGGGCGUUUCGGCCGGGCGGUGCUGGGAUUUGUGGGCCGCGGCCACCCAGUCCCAUGAUGAGCCCUGCGGGGAACGGUUCCAACAACAGCAACGCUGGAAGCGGUGGAACCUCGAGGCCGAUUCUCAACGUUGGGAGGAAGGACCACAACAGCAAAGCCGGCAGUGGUGGCACGCCGGGGCCGAUUCUCGACGUUGGGAGGAAGGACCGGAAUAGCAGUGCUGGCAGAAACGGCGAGGUGUAUCACUUUGAGAAUAAAGCAGAUGGCAGCAUAUCUAAUUUUGCCUCUGAAAAUGGGAACAAAAUAACAGAUCAGAAAUCAGGAUUUAGUGCUGGAAGAGAUGGUAGAGGUGGCAGGCAAUUUGGUGCCUUUAGAGGGAGGGGCAGAGGAAGGCACCCUAAUCAAAGUCAUGGAAGAGGAAGCAACAACUUGGGAGAAAUAAAAUCAAACUUCAUGGGGCACAAAAGUUCAGCAUCAGGACAUUGCAGUGAUAUUCCAGCUCCAGCAUCUGGAGGACGCCGAAAACCCCCUCCAAUAGUUUACGACUCAAAUGAAGUUAAACGAUGGGUAGAGGCACGAAAGAAGAACUACCCUACAAGUGUCAACGUAAAUAAGAAGUUGUCUGAGAUAAAGUCAGAUAAUGAAAACAAGGACAAAGAUGCCCAGCUACGACGUCAGGAACUGAAGGAAGUCCUAGCAAAGCAGCAAGAACUGGGUUUUGACCUACCUGAGCUACCACCUGGCUAUCUAUCAGACACUGGGGAUCAAUGCAUCGAAAAUAAAAAUAAUAGGAAAACUCAAUGCAGGGAUUCUCAUUUUGGAAAUCGUUUCAAUAAUAACAAAAGACCAAGGUAUGAGCGUGGAGGUUUUCAGUCUAAAAGAUCUAAGGUAUGGAACCAUACUCCUCGCGCUGAUGAUGCAAUGGCCAAGAGCAGAGAACCAACCCUCCUGCAGAAGCUUCUUAGCUCUGAUAUCAAGAGGGAUAGACAUAAACUUCUCCACGUGUUCAAAUUCAUGACCUUGAACAAUUUCUUUAAGGACUGGCCUGAUAAGGCUCUACAGUUUCCUAGUGUUAAGGUGAAUCAGAUUGAAAUAGAAAGCAAUAUUGGUACAGACGACUUGGAGAAUGGCGAGAUGGCCAACGACAGCAUCCUUGGUGUAAACGAAAAUGGUGAUUGGAAAGAGUUGAGCUCGAUUGAUGAAGAAGGUACCGAUAGUGCCAACCACAACGAUGAAGACGUCGAUGGUGUCAGUGCUGACAGCAGCAUUGAGGACGGGGCUGAGGAGGAUGCGUAUGAAGAGCAGUUUAAUGAGCCUGAAGAUGAUACCGCAGUCUGA